AUGCUGCGCCAAGUCCGAUCACUGGCGGAUUUAGUUGAGCCAGAUCCCAUCUCUCCGCGUGAGGUUCGACAACGAUCUGCCUCAAGCGCAAAUGUUCUGCACCAAACUCAUAUCGGAGAAGACACGACACAGUUUGCCUUAGCCAGUAUAGGUCUCGGAGGCAGCGCAUCGGCGCUACACAAAUCACUAGGGCCAAACUUGGAGCUUCUUGCCUCCAAAAUAUCCCAUGCUGAGAUCAAUAAACGGAGGCAGAAAAUGGCAGACCAGACCAGAAACGCCUACAACGACAGAUUGACACCAAACAGUUCGCCAGACAGUGGGGAUUUUCUCCGUCCUCCGCCGUCUUAUCACCCCGAUAACAAUAGUGGGAGGGAAUUCGGUGUUUACAUCAGCAGUACAGCUUCCAAAGACUCUGUGACCCCCCCACCUAGGAUAUACAGCCCCUCACCGGGCCGUGUGUCUGGCAGAUUAAGCCCAGACUCGAGCGUUUCGUUCUACACAGGAAAUUCUCAUAUCCCCAGGAAUAGAGAUGGGGUCAUUUCAGAGACUCCCGUGGCACCACCGAGAGCCAAGCACCAUCAGCACCAUCAGCAACAUCAGCACCAUCACCGGGCACCUUCUGUUGAUCCAGAUUCACAUACAGGGCAGUCAGAUCGCCACAGCCAUCACUUUGCUCAAAGUCAAGACGUCUCGACCGGCACAACGACUCCUAAUGUUUACGGACCUCCCGCAGUACCUCCCAAGCCUCAUGUCAAGGGACACACAAAUAGUCACUUCGGGGAACACACUGACAGGUGGAAUGAAAGCUCAGGAUUGCCCUCGAGGAUGGUACCGACUAUUAAUGUUCAACAGGAGUCCCAAAAGACACAGAGUGAUUUUUCUGGAGAUCCGAUGCCUGACUAUGAAGAGUCGGAGUCUGGCAUUUCAUUUGACGCUUCCAGCCACUACGAAAAGUUCGCCAAAACCAAGGCGAACAUUGACGAGACUACUUCCUUGACCAACACAAAUGACGACAACAUUGAUGUCGAGGAUGAGGAAGAUCCCAAAUGGCGCGCUUAUGACGUGUUCAGUGUCUCUGAGCGGGAGAACGAAGAUGACAACAAAGUGUUUAAGGAAAUCCUCAAGGUCAUGCGGCUCUCCCUCUACGUGGCUGUGGUUCUCAUCAUGUUGGUCGCUACUGUCACCAGUCGGAUCUCCGUCUUUCUACUCACCAGCAACAUCAAUAAGAGCGUAGAGUCCAGAGGAGAGAGUGUCGUACUCCUAAUGUUCUGCAUCUGCGCCCCCAUGGUCUACACCUGGCUCAACUCCUUCAUGAAGAUUCUCUUUGGUGGGAAGGUGUGGCCCUCCGCGAAAACUUUCGCCGUUAUGCUCUUCUUCGAACUGCUGUCAACGUUUGGCUGGUGUUUGCUGGUGUUUAAGGUCCUCCCAUCCACGGACUUCUUUCGAGGAAUGACUUUAACAUUUGCUAUGUUCCACAUUCCCAGUAUUCUGAAGGUGAUGAUGGUGGACAAGGAGCUGAAAUGUAGUUUGAAAUCACCGAUGAAGUUCUUUUUGUCCCUCGUUGCCAUGUGUUCCCAAAUCGGCGGCCUCGUUUUCUUCAUGAUCCGGGACUUCUCAACAGAACAAUUUGACAAAGAGCUCACAUCACAAGACUAUUCAAAAGAGCAGCGAGUGAUGGCCACACUACUGCAGGACUUUGUGUGGGAGCUGCCACUGGCUCUUAUCCUCGUGUCUCUGGGCUGGUGGGAGAAUUAUGUGUCAUGUGACUGGUCACUCUUUGGCCGGGUCAAACUCGGUUUCAAACGCUGGAGGGCAAUUCUCCAGGAAACACGAGAGACAAGCCAUUUUCUGAUCGCCCCCUGCAAAAUUGCAUUGGUCGUUGCACUCGGAAAAUACCUGGCUGAUGCUGAGUUUGCCUUGCCAACUUGGACCCGGGCUGCAAGGAUGACUCCUGGCGAAUUCCACCUCAAGUCUUAUGGUUUGAUGUAUAUCGUCCUCGGUUCGUCGGUAUUAUGUACCUAUCUCGCUGGCCUGGCCUGCAAACUUCACAUGCAGAGGACCGCCUUCGCAUUUCCUCUCGUCCUCUCCCCUCCCGUCUCCAUUGCUGUGGUCUAUCUCCAGUGUAAAUUUGAGCCUAAACUGUUCCUGACUCCUCACUUCAACGCCAUCUUCCCGGACUUUAACCUUGCCCUGAGGCGACGCCGUAACGACAAAGAGCUGCGAGCCACGCGUUUUGAGCACUUCAAGUAUGUCGGGGACGAUGUUGGCGAGCACCAGGACAGUGGUCAACCAGAAGAAAAUCACGUGACCCCAACGAUCUACGUCUGCGCAACAAUGUGGCACGAGACCAAACAGGAAAUGACGCAGUUACUCAAGAGUUUGUUCCGGUUAGACUACGGACACUGCGCGAGCAAGAUUGCACAAGCCAAGUUCAACAUUCGGGACCCGGACUACUUCCAUAUGGAGAUAUAGUUGAUUUUCGUUUUCAACUUGGUUGACCGACAUUUGUGUGAUCGAUUUUUAAAAAUGUAUAUUGACACCACUAUAUUUUGCAAAAAAAUAUCUAACCUAACGUUCCUGUGUUUCUUGAACAGGUCAGUGGUGAAGGGCAUCAUCAACAUCCCACCUCCCGUCAAGGUCCCCACGCCAUACGGCGGCCGUCUCAUAUGGACCAUGCCGGGACAAACUAAGAUGGUGGUUCACCUAAAAGACAAGAACAGGAUCAGGCACAGAAAGAGAUGGUCACAGGUGAUGUAUUUGUACUACCUCUUGGGCUACAGACUUCUGGGUGCGAGCGACGGAAGUGACGUAGAGGAAGAAACAAAGAGCCGACAGAACAACCCCAGCGUUCGGAACCGGAAGAACAGGCAGGAACGCCGGAAGGGGAAGAACCCUCCUCUCCGAAAUCUCAUGUUACGCGUUCCUCCUGAAGAAUAUGAGCAGACCUCGGAAAACACUUUCAUUCUGACGCUGGACGGUGAUGUGGAUUUCAAGCCCGACUCGGUUAAGCUGCUGGUAGAUCGUAUGAAGAAGAACAAGAAAGUCGGUGCUGUCUGCGGUAGAAUUCAUCCGAUUGGAUCGGGCCCGAUGGUGUGGUAUCAGCAAUUUGAGUACGCCAUCGGUCAUUGGCUGCAGAAGGCGGCGGAGCAUGUCUUCGGCUGUGUCCUGUGUUGCCCCGGAUGCUUCAGUCUGUUCCGGGGCUCGGCUCUAAUGGACGACAACGUGAUGAAGAUGUACACGACAAAGCCCACUGAGGCCAGGCAUUUCAUACAGUUUGAACAAGGUGAGGACCGGUGGCUGUGCACUCUCCUCCUGCAGCAAGGUCACCGUAUCGACUACAGCGCGGGCGCAGAUGCCUUGACCUUUGCCCCGGAAACUUUCAAUGAGUUCUUCAACCAGCGCCGCCGGUGGUCGCCGUCCACCCUUGCUAACAUAAUGGACCUGCUGGGGUCCUGGAGGGACACAGUGCGACUCAACGACAACAUCAGUAGACUCUACGUUCUCUACCAGUUUGUGCUUAUGGCAUCUUCCAUCUUGGCGCCGUCCACUGUAGUCCUGAUGAUCACCAGCUCUUACCACGUAGUCCUGGGUCUCAGCAACUGGUGGUCCUACGUGCUCUCCGUCAUCCCAGUUGCCAUCUACGUGGUUGUGUGCCUCACACAGAAGACAAACACGCAGAUCAAAGUUGGCGCCGUCCUCACAGCUAUCUACACAGUGGUCAUGAUGAUAGCAACAGUGGGCACCAUCAUUAGCAUCGCAACGGAAAACUUCAGCAGUCCCAAUGUCGUUUUUCUUAGUGGUCUUGGCAUAAUCUUUAUCUCUGCAGCUAUUCUUCACCCACAGGAGAUAUACUGUCUCGUAUUUGGAGCUAUCUACUUCCUCGUCGUUCCAUCUACUUUUAUUUUGCUGACAGUGUUUUACUUGUGCAAUUUGAAUAACGUGUCCUGGGGAACGCGAGAAGUACCGAAGAAACUGACCCCGGACGAAGAAGAGGCUAUGAAGAGGGCGGAGGAAGAAAAAAUGAAAAAGAAAAAAUCUUGGAAUAUCUUCACGACCAGUGGCCUUCUGAACAUUGUGCAGGAAUUGCGGGAACUCAUUAAAAACGUAUGGGGGUUGAGAGACGAGCUUCAAAAUCCCCAAGCACAGAUGAAUAUGAAUCACAAUCAGGUUCCUGAGCAACAAUGUGAAGCAGUCCAACAAAAAGUUCUUCCGGUGAAAGAAAAGAAACGAGCGCCUCACGAAAUGCCAGGUUUCGAGCCGAACCCGGAUGACCCUCACUGGCUGCAUUUAGAAGAUAUGGGAAGGGGUGUUGUUGAAGUUCUAGAAGAUUCUGAAACGGAAUUUUGGCGCUUUCUUAUUAAAAAAUAUCUCCACCCUUUGGAAGAGAAUAAAGAUCAGAAGGAUAAAAUAGCCAACGAUUUACUGGAGGUGAGGAACAAUAUCGUCUUCAUUUACAUCAUGCUCAACUUUCUGUGGACGGUGAUUGCACUGCAGCUGAUGGCUUCAGAAGACUUGCUCAAAGAUUAUUACAUCGUCCAGAAAUACGAGCCCAUGUCUCUGACGUUUUUGACUGUCUUCGCCCUGGUUAUGGUGGUCCAGUUUGUAGGCAUGAUCAUGCACCGUUGGGGAACGUUCCUUCAUCUCAUGUCUAGCACCAGAAUCGACUGGUUUAGCGGAGCACAUUCGGACGAAGAUUUUGCUAGGUUUGUAGUUCACGAGAUGCAGAGAAUUCAACGGCUUGAACCAGUGCCAGACUAUGAAGACAGCAAUGGUGAUGAAGAAGACGAUGACGACGAUUUGGGCAGUCAUUUACCAUCUGAUAUCGAAGAUGAGAUAACGGACGACAUAUUCUCUAUACCGGAGAGCACCCGUAGUCGGCGCACAGCGAACCCGCCGGUGUGGUCUGACUACUACCCGCGGCGGCCAGCCAACCCAGGCUACUUCCCACAGCUGGACAAUAUGCUGGAGCAUCGGCUCGGUCGUCUACAGAGGCAGAUGAGUCGCGCCGGUAGCUCCAACAGGUAUCGGAUGGGCACCUUGGCAAGGCAGUUUAGUCGACGAAAAGCGCGUGGUUUCAAUGGAUGGGGUAAGACUGACGCUACAAUGCGAGAGCGAUUUUUGCAGAGGAACUUUCAGGUGCCUCAAUAUCCGGGUCAGGAUCGACUGUCACGUGUGGUGACACAACCUUGA